AUGUCGUGGCUCACUUCUUGGUUCACCGUUUCUCAGACCGCCUCCAGUCCUGCUUCACCCCAGCCAGCAACCGAACAGAAGCGUCUGCUGGAAGAGCCAGUCUCGAAACUGGAAACACCCUCCCCCAUAUUAGCACAAACACAGUCGGAGCAAAAUCCUACAUCUCAGCAAAUUGUCCAGCGCGACCAGCCUCACAAGCCCAAAGUAAUAUUCGGCGCCGGUCUUGUCUUUCUCGGAUUUUCUCUGCUCAUCACGCGACGCGCAUUUCUUAGGAAAAGAUUUACCAAUCCUCUGUUUUAUGGCAACAGUCCGGAAGCCCAAGCUGAACAGGCAAAGAAGAUCAAUGGUACUCUAGAAGCCCUAGAGGCAUUGAACCUUGCUACGAUCAAUGUCGCCAGCGUUGCAUUGACCGCGGCUGGUGGUACCAUGUGGUAUUAUGAUGUGCGGAGUAUGUCAGAAGUAAGGCGCAGGUUGAAGGGUGAAGGCAGGACAGAGAAAGAGGCAGAGGCAGAGUUUGAAGAGGCCAUGGCAAUGAUGCUGGCUAGGAAAGAAACGAGCGAACCGGCAUCUGGUGACAAAAGCCAGUGA